AUGGCAUCUAGAGAAUUAUCGACUGUUGAGAUUGUGAAUAUUGAACAAUCAAAUGAAAGGAAUCGUGAGCCACGUUGGGAACCAGAUGAGGAAGGUAUUGGUGCAGGAGGUGUCAUACUGUUCAUUCUCAUAACUAUCCUAUUCAUUUGUACAUUUCCAAUAACAAUAUUUUUUGCAAUUCGUACAGUCAAAACAUACGAACGAGCUAUUAUUUUACGUUUUGGUCGUUUGAAACGAUCUGGUGGAAAAUAUGUUUUAGGUGCUGGAUUACAAUUUGUCAUGCCAUGCGCAGAUCAAAUGAUUCGCAUAGAUUUGCGUACAAAGACUGUGAACAUACCACCACAAGAGAUAUUGACAAGUGAUGCAGUUACUGUCGGUGUAGAUGCUGUUGUAUUCAUGCGUGUGAUUGAACCAGCUGCCGCUUUAUUAAGAGUUGAAAAUGCAGCCAAAUCAGCUGAACUACUGGCAGUUACUGCGUUGCGUUCAGUACUGGGAACAUAUGAAUUAUCUCAAUUAUUGACAAAUCGUGACCAGAUUGAUUCCAAGCUGGCCAUUUUACUGGACCAGGCUACAGGUGAAUGGGGAAUUAAGGUGGAACGAGUUGAAAUUAAAGACGUUUCAUUGCCUCAAGAAAUGCAACGAGCCAUGGCGGCAGAAGCACAAGCUGUUAGAGCUUCUAAAGCUAAAGUGAUAGCAGCACAAGGUGAAUUAGAAGCAUCGUCGACAUUACGAAAAGCUGCUGAGGAAAUGGCUAGAUCACCAACUGCCUUACAAUUACGUUAUUUACAAACAUUGGCCACGAUCGCAACAGAACAAAAUUCAACAAUUGUAUUUCCGUUACCCAUAGAACUACUUCAAAGUUUCUUAUCAAAGAAACAAUCUAUACUUCAAAUAGUCUCUUGUUUAAGUGAUUUUGAAAAUAUCAAUGUGAAAUUCGAUAACUAUUUACGUCCAGAUGAACCUGAUCUUCAUAUGUUAGAUGACUCUAAUUAUCAAGGUCAUGAACAUUAUGAUGAUUUUGGACAACAUUACAGUGAAUAUGACCACGACCUAGUUACUGGUUCACAUGAAUAUUCACAAAAAUUUAAAGAAUUAGAUCCAGAAGAAGCAAAAUUACAAUUAGGAAAAUUAUUCCAUAAAAUCGAUAUUGACAAUGAUUUAAAAAUUGAUAAAGAGGAGUUGAAAGGUUGGAUUAUUCAGUCGUUUAUUUCCCUUGAUCUUGAAGCGUCCAAACCACGUUUUAAAGAAUAUGAUGCCAAUGGUGAUGGUCAAGUUGCAUGGUCUGAAUAUACAAAUAAAAUUUAUGGUUACACAGCUCAAGAGUUAGAAGAUUUUCGUAAAGAUAGUAAGAAUGAUACAAAAUUAUUUAUCCAGUCUUUAGAUGAGGAAAAAUUAAAGUUCGAUUCAGCUGAUCAGGAUAAAACUGGUUACUUAAAUGAAACAGAAUUUGUUGCAUUUGAACAUCCUCAUAAUUAUCGUCAUAUGGCACCGUAUGAAUUAAAACAUACUUUAAGGGAUUUCGAUAAAGAUAAAGACGGAUUUAUUAAUGAACUGGAAUACUUAGGCGAUGAUAAAAUGAAUAAAGAUGCACUCAUCAUAGAAAGAGAGAAUUUUAAAAACUACGACAUUAAUAGUGAUGGAAAACUAGAUCCAAGUGAAAUGGCAUUAUGGGUUACACCGGGUUUUGACAAAACAGCCACCGAUGAAACUGAACAUUUAUUCAAUGAAACUGACAAAGACAAAGAUGGUUUAUUAACAAAAGAAGAAGUACUUGAUCAACAUGAUUUAUGGGUUGGAAGUCAAGCAACUGAUUAUGGAAGGCAUUUAGAGAACUUACCAAAAGAUGAACUAUAGUCAAAGUGGCUGAGUCACUAAUAAUUUAAACUGAAUAUAUACUGAUCAGUAUACUUAUUUAUGCAAAAUAAGGUUUAAAUUUUUCCUGAAAAACCGAUUCACGAUUACUGUUGUUUUGUAAUGUUUGGUGUUGAUGAAGUUAAUAGAAUAUUCCCACUUAACAUUAUAAUAAACCAUGUUAACCAUUACCUUUGUGAUACUUUAUACUGCCUCAACACUAAGUUUAUUUAAAUGUUAAGUGUAAUAUUCAUGUGUUGAAGUAGUAAAUAAUACUAGUUCAAAUAGAACUAGAGAGUGUUGGUUCUUCUUUGUUAGGAACUCAUCACAGUUGUUCAAAUCUGAACAAAACACUAAAU